AUGCACGAGGAGGACGAUGACUUCGACGUGCUGCUGCUAUUGACCGCCGCACACUCGCGGCGCGAAGCUUGUUUGAGCAGUGUCCGCCGUGAAGUGCACCAGCAGAUGAUAGAGGGCGCGUGGCGCGCUGCAAUGCUCACACGUCACUACUUGACGGUGUCAUGCUUGGAUGUACCCUGCGUGGCCGCGUGGAUGGCCCUUUACAAGAACGGCUUUGACUCAAACUUUCUGAAUGCUACUAGUCUGACGAGAGCUUCUUUCAAGCACUUACUGCGCCGGUUUGCGCGCUACUACUACAUCCCUCCGGCCAGAAGCAGAGGCAAGCCGCCAAAACUGCGCUACCAUCAUCAGGCUCUUGGUCUCGUUCUCUGCUUCUACGUCGGGUCGAUGGAGAACGGAACGCUGUGCAUGUUGUUCGGGGUACCUCCGAGCACUUUAUCUCGGACGCUAGCUUCUUUCAAGCACUUACUGCGCCGGUUUGCGCGCUACUACUACAUCCCUCCGGCCAGAAGCAGAGGCAAGCCGCCAAAACUGCGCUACCAUCAUCAGGCUCUUGGUCUCGUUCUCUGCUUCUACGUCGGGUCGAUGGAGAACGGAACGCUGUGCAUGUUGUUCGGGGUACCUCCGAGCACUUUAUCUCGGACGCUGUGCAAAGCCGAAGAGGCGCUGUCUUGUGCACUUCGGGAUUUCGCCCCAGCCCGGAUUUCAUGGCCGUCCCCUUCCCGCCAGAGAGAGCUUGCCAGCUUGGUUAACGCUCGCGAGCCGUUGAUGCAGUAUACAUUCGGGUUCAUCGAUGGAAAGAACUUCCGUGUGCAGCAGCAUCCUAACUCUGACCUUCAAAACGCAAUGUACAAUGGAUGGCUACACUCGGUUCUAGUCACGGGCACUAUUUGCUUUGCCGCGGACGGCUGCAUUAUCUAG